AUGGAAGACGGCGCGUCCACUCACCCAGCCGAGUCUCCUGAGGACUCUGGCCCUGGUGAAGAAAACCAAAGCCUCGCUAACUCAUCGAAAAACCAGCAGUCCCAGAAGGACCGAAAAUGCCAGUACUGCAAUCAGGCAUUUACCUCAUCCUCCCUUGGCCGACACCUCGAUCAAUUCCUCUUCAAGAAGAAGCCCGACGGCAUUCACGAUGUCGAGGAGAUCCGGCGCAUUCGCAGUGGAAUCACCCGGCGACAGGCGCGGACUUCGACUGGAAAGCGGGAUACUCCUGAGCGCGGUCUGGCGAAAGGAUCGCUGGAUUCGCAUCAGGCUGGGGAAUCCGGGGGCAAGGGCCCUAUCCGGAUGAUGUUCAACACGCCAACGUGGCAUGCGACCGGUGUGAUCAACGACAUCCCCAACCCGAGCCAGACACAAGAUUCUGCAGCAUCUCGGUUUGCGGCUUCUCAAUCCCGUGUCGGCUCUUUAGCUGCAACGGAUCUCGGGAAUCGGGGCUCUCAUGCUAGUAGCCCAGAUACCGUGAGGGCACUGGAGCUGGCCCUGCGCGAGGUCCUGGAUAACAUCAAAGCCGCGACUUCGAGAACGCGACCGCGUAUUUCACCGUUUGAAUUCGAUAUUCAGGUCCAAACGUUCCCCUCCCUCUGCCUACAAUUAUUGCCCCCGCCUCCGACGCUGUUUGCACCCAAUCCGUUCCCAUCGGCCUCCUCCUUGCCUAUUGACCCUCCGGGACUGGAUCAUCAUGCAAUGGUAAGCGAUGCCAUCCGUUCGAAAAUUGAGCAGUGGCAGCGCGAUCAGCUGUCCGCCGAGUCGGUCAACAGCUCGCUGCCUGGAAAGUCCAGCCUUGGGAUGGAUUCGGGAACAAUUCAAAGAAACGCGCAGCAGCACGAGGAAUUGAGUCUGCGGCACCUUGAGCUCGCGUUCAAGCAUUGGGUGUCGCUCCCGCAUGAGUCGCGGAGAGAAGCCUGGCAGCUUGAGAUUAUGCGCGCAUUCGCACGUGAAUCCGAGAAGCGCAAGUCCCUCGAUGACCAGCUGGCUCGCGUCCAACAAGAGGCCAACCAGCUGCGAUCCCAGGUGGAGAAACUCGGAUCGUGUCAGUGGCCGCGGGAGUUCGCUCUGUUCCCCCCGGAGACACUGCCCUUACCGCGCGAUGCCGCCCGAGAGCUCGAUGCCAGGGAGAGCCAGGUCAGCCCGAGUUCCGCACGUUGGGACUACGAAAAUGUGGUUGCAAAGUGGAAACGGGCUGUCAUGCACGACCGGACUAUGGGCCGAGUGGGCACUGCCGCCAGCCCCCUACCAGAUGACCCGGUCAGCGCGAAUAGCGCGGACGCCAGACCAAGACCCAUGCAGCCGCCUCCGGCAUCUACUCACAGUCCAAGCGCCGGACCUUCGCCAGGCCAGCAUCCCUCCUCGCCAUAUACGUCUCACGAGAGCCCGAACUCGGGCCCGCAGGCUAAACGCCAGCGUCUCAUGAACGGCCGCCAUGCCAACGCCCCCAAUGAGCCAUCUACAGCCACAGCAACGCAGGGUGGCCCCGUCUCGUCUACCUGGAAUCCGAACCCACAGCCGCAACAGGUCGGGCCCUCGUCGCUUUCGAAUCCUCCCCCGGCGUCUCCAUCAUCAACUGGCUGA